AAACUAUAAACAAACAUAUAAUUUGUCUUCUAAAACAUGUAUUUCUAAUGAUAACAUAAAAAAUGUUCUUUAAAAUACUCCACACUGUGUUAUGGCUUUGCUCCACAUAUGAUAGACGGUGAUUACCGAUUGUAGACGAUGAUUCCCGAAGGUUUCUGAGAUUUGCAAAGGUACACCAGAUGGUGGCGGUAAUGCGUCACAGCGCUGUUAGCCAACUGGUAAAGCUAAACCCGAAGAAGAGGGAAACCGGGGAGGAAGAACGUGAAACACACAUGAUAACAUGACCUACAGUACGCUGUUAUUACAUUUCCUAAUAUCCCAACUGUUCGCUUUAUCAGUAAAGAGUAAAACAAGAAGUGAAGGUGUCGUAAAAACAAGCCGAGCUGGAUGAACUAGCAGUGCUAAUGCAGCUUCUCACACAGUGAGGUUGUUCCAGUAUGUGGAGCUGCUCUGUGAGGUCGAAGGUCCUCCGAGCUGUUGGGUCUGCUCCCUUCAGGUCUCAUGGAUCCUGCGGCUCUGUCUCAGGGAAGAAAUGGAUUAAACCCAGCGGGUUUGACACGGGUUUGAAGACCUACAACAGCCUGACCAGGCAGAAAGAGCCUCUUAUUCUGGCCAGAGAAGGAGUCGCUACCUGGUACAGCUGUGGACCAACCGUGUACGACCACGCCCACCUGGGUCAUGCAUGCUCUUACGUCCGGUUUGAUAUCCUACAGAGGAUUCUGUCCAGGUUGUUUGGAAUCACAGUCAUCCACGCCAUGGUCAUCACUGACAUUGAUGACAAAAUAAUCAAAAGAAGCUGGGAGGAAAAUGUCUCCUCAACCGUCAUAUCCACGAUGUUUGAGGAUGAAUUCAAGAGGGAUAUGCUGUCAUUAAAGGUGAUUCCUCCUGCAGUGUACCUUAGAGUGACUGAAAAUGUGCAGCAUAUUGUUGCGUUUAUCGAGCAGAUCAUCAAAAACGGACACGCUUAUGUCACAAAGGAAGGUGAUGUGUUUUUUGACAUCCAGUCUAUCGGGGAUCGUUAUGGGAAGUUCGCAGGGGCUGUGGACUCUCAGGGGGAACCUGGCAGUGCAAACAAACAUGACUCGAGGGAUUUUGCUCUCUGGAAGCCGUCCAAACCUCAGGAGCCGUUCUGGGAAUCUCCGUGGGGCAGAGGACGACCUGGCUGGCAUAUUGAGUGCUCGACCAUCGCCAGCUCCGUGUUUGGGAGUCAGCUGGACAUCCACUCCGGAGGGAUCGACCUGGCCUUCCCUCACCAUGAGAACGAGGUGGCUCAGAGCGAAGCCUACCAUCAGUGUGAUCAGUGGGCCAACUACUUCCUACACUCAGGUCAUUUGCACCUCAAAGGCAGUGCAGAGAAGAUGUCUAAAUCCUUAAAAAACUAUAUCACCAUCAAGGAUUUUCUACAGUCAUACUCGGCGAAUGAGUUCCGGAUGUUUUGUCUUCUGGCAAAAUACAGAUCAGCGAUCGACUACAGUGACACCAGCAUGGCGGAGGCUCAGAGCUCCCUGGGGUCUAUCACCACCUUCAUCAGCGACGCUCAGGCCUACAUGAAGGGUCAGCUGCUGUGUUCACCCGUACAGGAAGCUUUACUGUGGGAAAGGUUGGCUGAGACGAAAUCCAGCGUGCUGAAAUCUCUAGCGGACGACUUUGACACCCCGAGAGCUGUCGGCGCUUUGAUGAAUCUGGUUUAUGACGGAAACCGCCAACUCCAGCCUGUGUCCAAGGCUGACGGAGCCGUUCGAAGCCCAGCAGUCUUUGCAGCAACGAUCAGCUACAUCCGAGAUCUUCUGGAUGUGUUUGGGAUUGACCUGCAUCCCAUCAAGUCUGACUCUGUAAGUGCUGCUGGGAGUCUGGAGGCCGUCGUGGAGCAGCUGACUCGAUUCAGGAGUGAAGUCAGAGCAUUCGCACUCACUCGACAGGAUGAUCCGACCACUGGAUCCUCCAAGAAAGCAGGACUUUACCUGGAGAGAGUCCCCCUCCUCAAAGCCUGUGACACCCUCAGAAAUGACCUGGCACCUCUGGGUGUGCUUAUAAAGGACAGAGGAGCCACAUCAACAUGGGAGAUUACAACGGGAAAACAGAGAGACAAGGAUGAAAACGACAGCACUUAAAGCUAAAAUCCACGUCUGCCUUUAAGAAAAGACUUAACUAAUGACUUCAUGAAAUGCAGAAACAUGAUGUACAGACUCCUUGUUGCUUCUUAUAAAUCUAUUUAUAAGUGUAAAACA